AUGUGGCUCACUUCUCGCAAACUCGUCUUGUUGGUAGUUUGUACGUUGACCGGCCAUGCCGUAGGAGCCGCCGACGACCAGGACGCGGAGGGUUCGUGGGCGUCGUACGGGUGGGCGGACUCAUGGUACCACGACACCCCUGAGCCGGCGCCCCUCGACCGCCCACGCCAGCGUCAUUUGGGCGUCGGGGAGCAGGAGGUGGACGCGGCGCCCCUGUACGUGGUGUGGGAAGAACUGCCGCUGCUGGCGAAGGAGGGCGUGACGUCGGAGGAGGCGCGGUGGGUGCCUGAGCGCGCGCCCCUCAGAGUCAUCAAGGAAUCCUACACUUCGGGCUCGAGGGAGUUCGACCACAACUUCCUCAAGUCCCCCCGCGGCUCCCUGGGCUUCGUCGGUACCCCUGUGUACGUACCCGAGCCGCACCACGUACCCGAGAUCCAGCCACACGUACAUGAACCUCCGCCGCACGUACACGAGGCGCCCCACGUGCCCGAGGUCCAGUCACACGUACCCGAACCUCCGCCGCACGUACAUGAGGCGCCCCACGUACCCGAACACGUACUCGACAUCCAGCCGCACGCACCCGAGGCACCCCACGAGCCGGAGCCGCCUGUGUACGUCCCCGCGAGUCCGCCCGUGACCAAGGCAUACCCAGGGCCCCCGCCGCCGCAGUACUCAGUGCGUCCAGGUCAGGCGCGCAAGUAUUACCUGACGGAGGAGGGGCAGCAGGAGCACAGGAGAGUACCAGGCCUCAGGCAGAGCACCUGA